AUGGCCGACGCACAAACAACCUCGACGGACGCGCCUCCCGAUUCCCACAUCGACCAUGCCGCCUCCCUCCGAUACUGGAACAGCGUGGCCGCCAACUCCAAAACCAUGCUGGGCAUGCUGGGCAGCUACCCCUGGUACACGCGCAUCGAUCUCCGGGGCUCGAAGAUCUUCCUUUCCAAAGUCCGGCGCAUGAUCCCCAAUUGUCCGACGGAGGGGAAGCUCCGACUCGGGGUAGACUGCGGGGCCGGGGUCGGACGCGUCACGGAGGGACUUCUCAGUCAGGUCUGCGAGACGGUGGAUGCGGUGGAACCGGUUGAGAAGUUCCUCGAGGUGAUUCGGCAGUCGGAGUUGAAGCGCACCGGCGUGGUGGGGGAUAUAUAUCCGGUGGGGUUGGAGGGUUGGGUUCCGGAGAAACAGUACGAUUUGAUUUGGACGCAGUUCUGCGUGGGGCAUCUUACGGAUGUGCAGUUGAGGGAGUACUUUGUUCGGUGUCGCGAGGCGUUGUCGGACACGGGCGUGUUGGUGGUCAAGGAGAAUCAGUCGACGGAUCCGUUCGGGUUGGAUAUGUUUGAUGAGGAGGAUAGUAGUGUCACUAGGACGGAUGAGAAGCUUCGGUUGUUGUUUAAGGAGGCUGGGCUGGGGGUCGUCGCGUCGGAGUUGCAGUUGGGCUUUCCGAAGAACUUUAGGCUUCUGCCUGUGAGGUUUUAUGCGUUGAGACCGUUGACUUGAGGUUGGUUGGGGUAUGAGAUGAUUGAGUG